CUUGUUUUUAUACUCUCAACUGCCAGCUGCGCCGCUGCCCCCAAGUUCCUUGCCUCCCGACAUCCCAACAAGGCUACAGCAUCCUAAGGCCGUCGGCGCUGGCAGCUCCUUUCCCCCGCUUCGGAGGUUUGGGCAGCGACGGCGAUGUGGAAGAGCCGCCAUUGCGGCGCCAGCUUCAGCUUCAGCAAUCAGAACUGCAGCAGCCGUCGUAGCUACAGCCGCCGCCAGAGCACGUUCGACAGCUUAUGGCCGUACCAGUGUCGUACCGGCUGCCGUGGCAGCAUCCGCCUCCGGAUCGUUUAACUUGUCCCGCAGCAGCCCACUGGCGGGCGGCCGGUUGGAUGUCGUACACUGGCGGGAGGGCCGUAUGCUGCGGAUCUGGACACCACCCGGUUUCAGCCCCUCCUCCGCCACCUCCUCCUCCUCUCGCGAUCCCCUCCCCGUGCUGUAUCUGAAUGACGGUCAGAACCUGUACGGCGACCAGCCCACCCUCAGCGGCUGCUCGUGGCACAUGGGGGAGGCGGCGGCGGGACUCAUCAACUCGGGGGCACUGCCGCCGUUCGUGGUGGUGGGGAUCGAUCACCCGGGAGCCAUGCGUUCGUACGACUACCUGCCGUACCCGCCGGGCGCCGCCAACGGCUACCGGCUCGACGCGGCGAACUGGCCCGGUGGCGGCGUCGAGGCUUACCUCCGUGCGGUCGUUGACGAGAUCCUGCCGUACACCGAGCGCACGUACGGCGUGUCUUCGGAGCCUGCACUUCGUGGUUUCGGAGGUUCGUCCUUCGGCGGCAUUUGCGCUCUGUGCGCUGCGAUGCUCCAUCCCGGUGUGUUCGGGGCUCUGCUAGUCGAGAGCCCCAGUUUGUGGUUCGGAGAGGAGCGGCUGCUGCGACAAGACCUGCCCAGCUUCCAGGGACCCUGGCCGGCAAGGAUGUUCCUGGCAAUGGGAACGAAGGAAUACUCGGUCAUUCGGCAGUUCAAAGAGUCAGAGUUCGAUUCCCGCCUGGUGUCGCUCACACACGACCUGGCAGCGCUGUUGGAAAGCCGGGGACUGAUGCGAGGAGAGAGGCUGAUGGUGAUGGUGGACGAGGGAGCCACACACAACGAGCGAGCAUGGGCACAGCGUCUGCCUGCGGCUCUACGCUUCCUGGGAGCCCACUGGCGCCAUCAGCAACAAAAAUGAAUUCCUCUCAACGCGUCCUUAUGUCGUUCGGUAGUAGUAGCAGCAGCAGCAGCAGCGUGUGUUGUAUGUGGGGCGUCUAGCAGGUUGUAUGAACUGUAGCAGAGAGCUGACGGUCUGAAUGUUACAUACACUAAGGUCAUGCACUACUGGUAAAGCACACGCCGAUGCCCCCGGAGGUUUGGGGAUUGAGACCUGUCAGGGUCGAAAGAUCCUUCCGAUGGUGGAAGGUAAAAGUGCCCCUAGUCGAUGGACGGUGGUGACCUGGGAUAAAGUUGACCUGCGAGCUGACCAGGAAUGGAGUUGAGUCGCCGUUGAUCCGGCAGAUUCUGUUGGAUGCUGGUGGUGGGUGCUGAACCUGAGCAAUCCACUGCGAAGUUGGCUAGGGUGACUUGAUGAGGGUGCCCCAAAAUACCGGGGAAGGCAGGGGGUUCCCUGAAGAAGAGACUCUGCCAGGUA